CACAAACGCCGCUCACUGAGCGGUGUCCUUUCUGAGUGCACCUAUUGGUUCGCUACAUCGAUUACAAACUUGAAACCUUCAACUUCAAGCAUUGUCCUUCAAGUCUGUGAUAAAAACAAAUACGAUGUAUAAGGUUAUGUUUAACCCAAAUGUCACUCAUUUACGCUAUUUAUUUAAAGUGAAUCUUAAAAGUACGAAAUGCCUAACCAAUUCUUUCCAUACGCAAUAUCAAAUAUUAUUUGCAAACAAAGAUAAAACUGAAAGUCCUCGAUUGCGUGAAUUUAGGAAAAAGUUGAGAGAACGUACACCUAUAGAAGAACUAGAAGAAUUAGAGGAAGGAAAACAUCCUUAUCAAGAAAAAGAACCAUUAAAACCAUUUCCAAAUAAUACGAAUCCAAAAACAGGCGAAGUAGGAGGACCAAAAGGGCCAGAACCAACUCGAUAUGGUGAUUGGGAAAGAAAAGGACGAGUAACAGAUUUUUAAAUAUGGCUAGGAAAAAAUAUACGCUAUAGUUAUUUAAUAGGAUGUGUAAAUAAUGAAAUAGGAACAUAUUUUAAUAAAUUAAGAAUGAAGUGAAUAUUGCGUGUAUUGUUUUUAAAUAAAUGAAAGAUUUUACUUUGAAAUAUUAA